UUACGUAUACCAACUACUUAAAGCAAUUCACUGGUGCCAUCAAAAUGACAUCAUCCACAGAGACGUUAAGCCAGAAAAUCUUCUAGUUAGUGAAGAAGGUAUCUUGAAACUUUGUGACUUUGGAUUCGCUCGCAACUUGAGUAAUAAUGGCACAGCUAAUUAUACUGACUAUGUAGCCACUCGAUGGUAUCGCUCACCAGAGCUGCUCCUUGGAGCCCCUUAUGGCAAGGCAGUUGACAUCUGGUCUGUUGGUUGCAUCAUGGGUGAGCUGAGUGAUGGACAGCCUCUUUUCCCAGGAGAGAGUGAGGUUGAUCAACUUUUCAUUAUCCAGAAGAUUCUAGGAGCUUUGCCCAACUACCAGAUGGAGCUAUUUGAGAAGAAUCCAAGGUUCUCUGGGCUUAGGUUUCCAAAAGUUUCAGAGCCUCAGACUCUGGAAAUGAAAUACUCGGGUGUAAUGAGUAGUGUUACCCUGGAUAUCAUGAAGAAUGUCCUUCAGCUAGAGCCAUCAGAUCGCUUUACUAUUGAGCAGUGCUUGGAGCACAGAGCUUUCCAGACAGAGAGAUUAUUUCAUCAAGAUCUGCCUUGCCCUAAAUCUGCCUAUUCCUCUAGACAGAAUGGCCUCAAGCUGGGGUUUGUCAAAGAUCCCAAGGAUGAUGUCCUAUCUGGCGGAGAUGUAGUCAUUAAUGCAAUGUAUCAGAGCAGAACACCAGUACCUGAAGUGAAUGAGGCAUCCCAGGGUGGUAAUGUGGUGACUAAUGAACAGGGCCCCUCCAUAAAUAUCCCAGCAUCACACACGAAAUUCUUGAAGUCCAGUAAGAAGAAACAGCAGCAGCAUCAAGCUGGCAAGGAGACCAACAUAGAAAGUUGGCAAAGCCAGCAGAGUGUAUCAUCCCUUACGCCAACCAUUCUGCAAUGUGACCAGCCAAUUGACCUUGCAGGGACACACUCACUGAGCGAUUCUUUGCAGGAAACUACCUUGGAACCCCAGCCAAGUGAAACCCAGAUGGAGUAUAUAAUUAAAGGAGAGAAAACUCAAAAGCCAAGGAGUGAAAAAUCCUUCAGCUUGAUCAAACCAGCAUACAGUAAAGACCUGAAUGGAUCCUAUGCAAAGUAUCUUGGGAAGUAUGCCUGUGCAAAAGUCUCUUCAAAGUAUUCAGGGAACUUGAUCAAAGGCCAGGUAGACAACACGAAGAAGAAUAAUUCACCAAGGGAGGAGGUUGAGAGGAAUAGGAGUAAGGAUGGUGAUAGUUCUCUAGGCAUGGAGGCGGACACUGAUAAAGCAGAUAACAUUCCAAACCUAAUGAGACCUAACAUACCUCCAUCCAAGUACUGUAGGAACCAGGCCAAGAAGGAUGCAAGGAAUGGUGCAAGAUCGUUGUCCAAGUCUAGUUCUGAUGUUAAUGAGAAUAUCCAGCAGAAUUUUGGCAUCAUUGAGCCUUUUAAUCGAGAAGGCAACAGUUUUGUGUUGUUCAGUGACCCACAGAAUACAGAAGGUGAAUUCAAAAACCUCCAGGACUCCAAGCACAAAGGAACUGAGAUUAGCCAAUCGUCGGAUUAUCAAGAUCAGUCUCCUGCUGUCAGUGCAUAUUCUGAUGGGGAGUUACUAAAACGUGGUUUUGAAGGCAGCAAACACCAUCUAUCCAAUAUAACAGAGACCCCAAGGUAUCACAUUAAUACAGACUCUUGCCAGAACAUUGUAAGUCAAAGUAGUAACCAUUCCAAUGAUGGCCCACACAUGUCACCUAAAGGUUCCCGAAGAGGACGGCUUGAAGAAGUUAAGUGUACUGGUAAAUCUGUUGACCUCAAGGACAACAGUGGUGACCAGAAUACAAAAGACAGACUUAACUCUCAACUCACAGAAAAGAAGAAUAUACUCAAGGAAUUUUCAAGCCAUCAACAUAUUCCAACUGAGUUAGGUGUACAGAAACCAAACUCUGGCAAGAAGCAACAGUACGAAGGUUCAGUGGCAUACAGAGGUCGCAUUAUGCACACUUUUAAGGCUGAAGAACAGGAGGUAAGAGAGAUUCAGUCAGUCAACUUGAGAGAGCAGCAGCUGACAGAAAGACAGCCACAGCAAGCAGUGCAUGUGGGGAAAACGGGACAAAUUACCGACCCUCCUGGCAUGGGGGCAACCGGGACCCAUAGUAAGAGUAAAGAACAGCAGCACACUGAUCAGAAUCCAUUUACUGAAUCAACAUACCCACCAUCCAGCAUUGCCCCUGGUUUCUCGGAUGAUUCAAAUGCCGAUAGUAGGCACACCAGCAGUAGCACUCUGGAAAAUAACUCACGAAAGUUUCUCAAAGAUAAUACUGUUCAUGGUCAGUGGAGAGAAGUCAAAUCGAGUAAAAGAAAGAAGAAAAAGAAUCAAUUGUAUUUAAUCACAGGAGAUGUUUCAAAAACCGAGCGUCUUGCUUUGCAACCAAACAUCUAUGCCCAUCGAGAACAACCUAAGUCCCACAGGAAACUAAACCAAACACCCACAGCAGACAAGAAUCGACUUUCUGGAGGUUUUCAGCGUUCCCGAGAGCCCUACCUGUAUCCAAUCCAGAAGCAACUCCCUUCCCUUUCUGGUACAGGCACAGCAAAUACAAAUGUCACACGCAAAGUUUCUGAUGUCUGUGUUACAUACCACCACCAGCAACACCACAGCAACCCGUAUGUCUGCUGCAAGCACUCCAAAUCUGAUGCAGAAAACAUUACGGAGCAUGCUAGUCAUUGGACACAUGGAAUGCAAACAGCAUUAGAGGGUGUUGUGGCACCUGAUAGAACUACAUUGAGCAAGAGCCCUGGACACUCUUUGAUGCCACUCAAGAGUACCCGAGGGGAACGAUUUCCAAGUCUGCCUGAUUUUAGAGAUGGUCCAUUCUAAACUGCUACGUACCAUCACAUCUUAUUUGUGCUUAGCAUGAAGCCGUACUCCCUGGCAUAAACAGCUCUUUAGCAAACUCUGUAAAUGAAUACAAAUGAAAGUGUGGAUACCAUAUCUCCCACAAUAAAUUAUUAUUUAACUUGCAGUUAGCUUUCCCUUCAUGUAGAUUGCCACGCCAACUACAUUUUUGCCUAGUCCUUGAGCAAAUACAGGCCAGAUUUGGAAUCUGUGUAGGCACAGCAGGUAACAUUGCAUGAUAACAAUGCUGGCACUGCAGCGGGGGACUACCUUGUUAAACAGAUAUUGUAGGGGCCUACAACCUAAUUCCUAAUAAAAGAACUACAUGUAUACCUAACAAAGACAUUCUCUCCUUCACACUAAUGGUCCAAGCAUAGCAUCUCAGCAAAGGUGUAAGAGAGAAAUAAUAUUCAAGUGUCUAUUCAACUUUUGUCAUUGUCCCUGUUGAGACUAUUUAUAGUCACUGUUCAUUGCUUAUCACUGAGCCUGUUGAACAUACCAUACUCAUUCUACAAGAAAUUUUGAAGAGUGUACGGAAUGCAUUUAGCUAUAUUUGGGAUGAGCAAGGAAUUUUGGACGACAGUUUUGGCUUUCAAUACUUGAUUGUUACAACCCCCAAGAAUACUCCAACCAUCAGGCAUGCCAUGAUAUAGAAUAGAAAUGACUAGACUCAUAUCUCUAAGGUUUGCAAUAAUUUGUUCCAAACAAACAAGACAGCAAAAAAAUUGUUAAAGCUUUCUGAAUUGUCUUUAUUUUCAGUGUUCAUGUAGGGAUAAUUUCAGUUUUACGUUGGACUCAAAUACAGGUGAAAGCAAGUAUGGCAAGAAAAUAUAGGCAAACAUAGGCAAAUAAAUAAAAUGUAACAGGUAAACUGAUAACUCAAGAGAAGAGAUAAAAUAAGUGUAUAAACCAUAAGUGGACACAUAACAAUGCCUAACUUAAUUCAGAACCUAGAAAGUGAAAUAUGGAAGCAAAGAAACAUGUAUAGAAAAUUUUCAAAAUUUCAUUCUGUUUAUGUUUAACACAAUUUUUAGUGUGUAAAAUGGCAGUUUUGGGGAAAAAAAUUAAAUUAAAACUUUUGACAAUCACAUUUGUGAGGCAGGAUGUCACACAUUUGAAUGGGCAAGUAGCAUCAGUGACUGAAGUUCACUUUACUAAACAAUUGCUGUCCACUCUGUGUAGGAACAAGAGAUAUACAUGCAGCAAUUAUCCUUGAGACGGAACUCAUGACCACUUGUGCUUGCAGGUUGAAGCACACUUUGCUGUAAGACAUGCUAAGCACACACAACCACUUUAUGUUGAAAUGUGUGCCAGUCACAUGCAAGAGCACCGAUAAAAAGUCGCCAGCAGCCUGUCUCUUCAUUGCUGUUGAGAGGCUGCUUUAAUCAGUGUGGAUACUAAACAGUUUAAUGGACCCUGUUGGGCUUGUUACAGCAGUGGUCAACUGCAAAGAGAUCCAUACAUGUGUAGCCCCUGGGAGAAAAUAUGGUCAUAUUCAUGGUGUUCAUUUGCAGGCAAAAGAGUUCUUGUUAGUGAGCAACUUCACAAUAUACUGCUUAUAGUUGGGAUUGGAUGUUUUGCGGUAUGCAGGAACACUUGAUUUAAGCAUAAGCUGGUUCAACUUGGGAGCAAUCUUCUACAGCCAUCAUGAACACAAAGCCUUCCCGGUAACAAUGCAUCACUGUGUCCCACCCUCUGCCCCCCCCCACAAAGAUCUGCCAGUCAUAUACGUGUACAUUAUUAAGACUUGUUCCUGUUGAAAUAACAAGCAAAUACAUGUGCUUGUAAUAGCACUGUGCACUGUUACUCUUCUGGCAAACAUGGUUUGAGUGAUUUUUUUAAUAUUGGAACUGUAGAAAGACCAUGUUGUGUUUUCCUUCCCAUCUGUAUUGAAGUUUGUACAUGUAUACAUAAUGUAUGCCUCAUGGCUUUCCACAUGGUUUGUGUGUUUAUACAGGAAUGCAUAUUUUUCAAAUACAUUGAUCACUGUGUAAUUGUUGCAUAUACCAGUCAAAAUUCUAAUGACCUUUUGUAUGAAGAUAUUUUUAGCUUUUGCCCCUUAGUAGUCCUGAAUGUGAAGGGUGACAAGAAAGCAUGUCACCCAAAGCCCUUUCUUCUGAGUCUGAUUUCCUAGGAAAUCCUCAGAAGAGGAUUUCUGCCUCACGGUACCAGUGACAUAAUGGGAGUAAAUUGCUAGGGGUCGGAGGGAGUUGCACACUGCACACAUUUUUUUUUCAGGAGGGGUACCGAAAGUUGAUGAAAUCCAGCUUGUUUAUAGGUUGUGUACGGUACAUUUCAAAAUUUCAAAUGGGGCAGAGGGCAGAUCACCAUAAAUCUGCAGGGUUCAUUAUUUUUUAUACUUAUAUAAUAUAUGAAUAUUAUUAUUAUUCACAUAUCUUUAUGGGCAUUGCAAGGUGCUUUCCUCCAGGAACAAAACAUUUGAAAAAUAAAGAAACAAAAGGUUUUUAUGGCCAACUUA